CAAUGAGCCAAUAUUGAAAUCAAAUUGAAAUUUUCUGAAACUUGAAGCUGGAGUUUCGAUCAACGGACUUUUGCCACCUCAGAGAACCUUGUGCCAUUGUGACAACUUUAUCCGACGUGUCGAAACAUCAUUGGUCCAGGGCAUCUCAUUCGUCGCCAACUAUAAAUCCCGCGGCUCUCCACCUUCGCUCCGCCGUGCAGAAAAUCUCACACACAGACACACAGUGGUCAUGGCCGCUAGGAAAAGAGGACCGGCUGCUCAGCAAGAAACCAAGGCAUCCGAACCGACCCGAAAUCCACCGGCAACCAAUUCCAAAUCCGUCGCCGAGGACCCGCCCAUCGCGCCACCGAAAGUUCUCCCCAUCCUUACAAUUGCGCUGUCCGUAUUAAUCCCCUACUGUGUAGCAAUCUUCUGGUACUAUGAUAUCGAAUAUGAGCUCAAGCGUCCAAUUCUCAUCAAUGCCGUUUUGAGCCUUUUCGGGUUCUUUUUGACCCAAAGGAUGAUCCCGGUUGCUGCUAAGUACGUUUCGAGAAGGAAUUUAUUUGGGUAUGAUAUUAAUAAGAAAGGAACGCCUCAGGGUACUGUUAAAGUGCCGGAGUCGCUCGGAAUUGUUGUGGGGAUUGUAUUUCUAGUGCUGGGAAUCUUGUUUCAAUAUUUUAAUUUCACUGCCGAUUCUAAUUGGCUUGUGGAGUACAAUGCAGCACUAGCAUGCAUCUGCUUUAUGAUCCUGCUUGGAUUUGUGGAUGAUGUCCUGGAUGUACCCUGGAGAGUGAAGUUAUUGUUGCCAUCUGUUGCAGCCCUUCCUUUAUUGAUGGCAUAUGCUGGGCACACAACCAUCAUUAUACCAAAGCCUCUGAUUCAGUAUUUUGGAGAGAGUAUAGAUCUUGGAUGGAUUUACAAACUAUAUAUGGGUCUUUUGGCUGUGUUCUGCACCAACUCGAUCAAUAUUCAUGCUGGCAUCAAUGGCCUUGAAGUUGGGCAGACAGUGGUCAUAGCUUGUGCUAUCCUCUUACACAACAUCAUCCAAAUUGGAAGUUCUGGAGACCCUGAGUACAAACAAGCCCAUGCAUUCUCCAUCUAUCUUGUUCAACCAUUGAUAGCCACUUCUUUGGCUUUGUUUUCUUAUAACUGGUACCCAUCUUCAGUUUUUGUUGGAGACACAUUUACAUACUUCGCUGGAAUGACUAUGGCGGUCAUAGGCAUUUUGGGCCAUUUUAGCGAGACUCUUCUAAUAUUUUUCACUCCUCAAGUUCUAAACUUCUUAGCCUCCCUGCCUCAGUUGGCUGGUAUAGUAUAUUGUCCACGACAUCGUUUACCCAGGUUCGACCCUCAAAGUGGCUUAUUGACUGGAACGAAAGAUGGAACACUUGUGAAUAUAUUCUUAAGAUUAUUUGGCAGAAGAUCAGAAAAGUCCCUUUGUAUUUUGCUUCUUGGUUUCCAGGUCAUAUGUUGCCUCUUCUGUUUUUUCCUAAGAUGGAUUCUCACCGGUUGGUAUAAGUAAGCUGCGAGGUCAUGUUUAUGUGAUUCAGUCAGUGCAAGGAUUAUCUUAUAAAGAAUGGGUUACAGUAGUAUCCAGUAACUUAACAUCAGAGCGCUCACCCGAGACCUGAAUGUCAAGCUGGUAGGUGGCUCUUGGUACUGACCAUCUUAGUUGGGGUGAAAGAAAUCUUCAUCUGAAUUUUGUCAUCACCCCAUGAGAAAUAGAUUAAAGGGCGUGGAUAUUUUUUAUCUUAUCUUUUGGCCUUUUGGUCCUUUAAUUUAGGUUAUAAAGUCUUGUGUGGCCUUGGAUGUGUUGAUUUGAGUAGGCAAAGCAGAUCUAGUUUUUUGUUGUAAUUUGUAACCUAGAAAAACAAGUUGAUUUAAAAUAGAAGAUUGUAUUUUAGGGGUCUCUCUCUCUCUCUCAAAGAAAAACAAUUCACAUUGAAAGUAUAAAAGAUGAGAUGCGUUUGUAUUUUCAUUUUGUUAAACUUUUCCCACGGUUACAAUAUCUACUUUUUAUUGUGAUUUAGGGUUGUAGCUGCUAAUUCAUGUGCUAUGUUAUGUUCUUCGUUCAUUGUAAGCGAAUCGAUUCAUUUAGGAGCACUCUUUUCAUCCAUAAGUGAAUGAUUGUUCUCU